UCUUUAUUUGAAAAUUUUAAAAAUAUUUUAAAAAAUAAAACAAAAGGAGUUAUAAAAACACCUUUGGCUUUCACAGCUUGAGCUACUUCGUCAAUGGCAGAAAAUCCCCAAGCUUCGUCCAUGGCGGAAUCCCACUCUGUAAAGAUCCUCGAAAUCUGCAAAAUCACUCCCUCUCCCUCUUCCUCCUCCGCCUCCUCUCUCUCUCUCCCCACCACUUUCUUAGACACCUUCUUCUUCCAACAUAUUCCCAAUCAACGCCUUCUCUUUUACUCUCUAUCUUCUUCAGAUCCUCCAUUUCUCCACUCUCUUCUCCCCCAACUCAAACUCUCCCUCUCUCUCACUUUAUCCCAUUUCCUCCCUCUCGCCGGAAACCUCGCUUGGCCGGAAAUUUCCCCCGACCCCCUCAUUCUCUACAACCCAGGCGACUCUGUUUUCCUCACUGUUGCUCAAACCGACGCCGAUUUCCACCGUCUCUCUGGCAAUCAACCCCGCCCAGCCAUUGAAUCUCACCCUCUCUUACCGGAAUUACCAGCGACCAACGAUGCAGCUCUAGCUCCAGCGAUGGCGAUUCAAUUAACCCUUUUCCCGGAGAAUGGAUUCUCAAUUGGGAUCACUACAGAUCACGCGACCCACGAUGGGAAAAGUUCGACUAUGUUUUUGAAGGCAUGGGCUUUCAUUUGUAAGCUCGGAGAAGGAAAUCAGAGCCCCAGUUUGCCAAAAGAACUAUCCCCUGUUUUUGAUCGGACCGCCAUUAAAGACUACCCUGCUCUCGACAGGCUCUAUCGGGGCUAUUUGCAGAGAUUGGGGAGAUCCGGCGACGUCAAGGGCAUAAGGUUCAAGCCAAACAACGGCGUCACGCCGAAGAUGGCAAAAGCCACAUUCGAAUUAACCUCUCUUGACGUUGAGAACCUGAAGAAAAAAGUGGAAAAAUGGGUUCCCGGAAUUCGUUUAUCCACAUUUGUUCUCACGUACGCCUAUGUUUCAAGCUGUUUGGUUAAAGCAGAGGGAUUAGAUGAAAGCAAAAAGGUUUGCUUGGCGACAUUUGCCGAUUGGAGACCCCGAUUGGACAUUGGAAUUGCACCAAACUAUUUAGGUAACGGCGGUGGACCCAUCGGUGUAUUCACCGGAGUAAGCGACUUUAUUGACAAAAACGGGAUCGCCAUUGUGGCGAAGAAGAUCAGGGAGGGGAUAACAGAGCUGGAGAAUGCAGUGACGGAGGGGAAGAUGGUGGAGCUGAUAAUGCAUAGUAUAGGGAAAUAUAUGAAAGAAGGGCCGGUGGCUAAGAGUGUUUCGGUAUUCGGGUCGCCGAGAUUUGGACUGUACGAGGUGGAUUUCGGGUGGGGGAGGCCGGAGAAGGUGGAGUUUCCGUCGGUAGACGGAGGGAACUUGAUUUCGUUGGCGGAGAGCAGAGAUGGAAGUGGAGGGGUUGAAGUUGGUGUUGCUCUGCCAACUGAGACUAUGCAGGUUUUUGGUUCUCUGUUUUCUGAAGGUUUGAGGUCUCUUUGAGUCCCAAGUUUAUUGAAAUAAAUGAAGUGGAGAAUUUUCUGUCUAUUGAAUUUUAUGGCUAAAUUUAGACACUUUCAUGAACCAGGCUAUUUACUGCUUUUAACCCUGUCUGCAUAGGCUCUUUACGUUCAAUAAUCCCAGGGCUUUCACGAUUAAGUUA